ACCAUAGCCCGAGCUUUAGUCGGACGCCGGCUGGUGGAUUGAGAACGUUUUGUUGCAGAGCGAAAGCGCCGGACGGAGCCUUUACGGAGUUGUUCAAGUUGAAGAACUGUUGGCCAACCAGUGGUUUGCGUCGUUUUUUGUGCUCGGUCGUGAACGGAUAAGGACAUUAGAGACACAUUUGCGAUUGUUGUGCUGCCAUUGCAAACGACCGCAACAUUAAUAACGUGCUGGAGAGGUCGUGUCGAAUAUAUUUGUGCGGAAAUUAUUUAUGCACGGCCUUUUUUCGGGGAGGGGUGUAGCUUUUCAUUUGUCUUGCGUGCUGACUGCACCCAAACGCGAUCUAAAGUGAAGCGCCUAAUUUAUCAGUGCAUAAAUCAGUGACUAUGUGGAGCUUUAAUGUUGUGAUUGCCCUUUGUGGCGUGUGCAGCGUGUUUGGGGCUGCACUGAACGACAACAUCGACAUCGAUAUCAAGGUCGACUCGGACUCGAAGCUGUACCAUCAGGGCAAAACGGUGGAAGGUUCGUUUAACUACGGCUACAAUGUGCCACGCCGGAACUACAACCAGUACCAGCACAAGGUGAAGGGCCCGGACGGUGUGACGUACGGGUGUUACGGGUUUGUCGAUCCUACCAACGGCACGCAUCUCUACCAUUACGUUUCGGAUCUGAAGGGCUACCGGGUGGUGCCACCGAAUCAACCGACCAAGGUGUACACGGAACGGGUGGCUAACAGUGUAGCCAACAUUUACGAUUCCGUGGGCGAAACGUACGACUGGGAUAAGCUCUACUUCCCCGACGUGUGUCGGGUGCUGCAAAAGAGCAAGGAAGAGCGCAACGAGCUGUCCAUCCCGAAAGGAUUCCAGGUGAACGAUGAUGGUACGGUUACGCAAACGACACAGAAACCGAAACCAGCCUCAUCGACAACGACCCGCCGUACUGCGACACCAUCGGCUGCCACAAAACCACGACCAACAGCUGGACGAGCGACCAAACCUCAGCCAACGCCCGCUCGUGCCACACCUCGAGCAUCACCCGCGACUACACGCCGUGCCGCAACAUCACCACCAACACCAACCACGACCAAACCGACCACUGCCCGCACGACUCCGGCUGCACCGACUACUCCUAAACCAGCACCAAAGCAAACCACUCCACGUACUACGGCCACUACACGCCGUCAAAACACGGGCUCUUCCCGGCAGCAGCAACAACAGCCAAAGCAACAACAACCACCAACUCCACGGGUGCCGGUACCGGUACAGACGACACAGGCACGUAACACCGCACCGAAGAACACCUUCAAGCCGGACAGCUUCCCGCUCGCCGCACCGAAACCGAGCGGCAACAAGUUCGGCAACAACCGGGACAACUUUAUCGGUGCACCGGCAACCAACACGGCGGAAACCCUGAAACCACCCCAGGAUCUGCAAGCCGUCGGGCAGGACAUUUCCGAGCUCAAGUUGCUGCUGCAGAUGCUGCUCAAGUCCAUCAACAACUCACCGAAAGCGAACGCACCCGACUGUGACGAUGCCGGCUCGCUGGGCCAGGUAAAUCCCAACGCCAAACAGGUGUUCCUUCCGCUGGUCAUUGUGGAUACGCUGCCAGGUUCGAGAGGUUCGCUGCAGCAGCAGGGAGCGCAGGUUGGUGGACUUCCCGCCGGUAGCCAAUUUGCCAUACCGUCGAUCGGGUACGGUGCGUCACGGUGUAAUACCUGCGGUUAAGGACGCAGGGUGCGAAAAUGUAUUGUCGAUUCUACUUUUAAGUUAAAAAUAAAUGACAUCAAUUCAA